AUGCCCCACUGUGUAUUCUGUGGGAAGGUAACAACUACACACGAGGGUCUCAAGAGACACGUUGCAGGACGUCCUGAAUGUCGACGGCAGUGGGCAUCAAUGAUCGAAGAUGUAGAGGCAGAGAACUUAGACGAUGCACCAGAUGUUGACUUCCCCCAUCAAGAUGCAGCACCGUGGCUCGUCAAGAACCUCGGUCAGACGCGAACCGACGAAUUCCUAAAACUGCCCAUUACACAAAACUGCACGAAACUUUCGUUUCAUAACAACCGCUCAUUCUUGCAGCGCGUGGACGAACUUCCACACGGGCCAGGAUGGAGUUGUAAGAAGGUGACUGUGCGUGGUAACUGCGAGGAUGAGAACGGCAAGAUGUUGCAAGAGGAGGUUGAGUUGUGGUGCCGCGAUCCUGUAGAGUGCAUGAAAGAGCUCAUUGGCAACCCUUCCUUCAAAGAAGAUAUGGCCUACUCACCUGCCAAAGCAUAUGCAGACCGUGCAGGGCAAGAUAGGGUGAUUGACGAGAUGUGGACAGCAGACUGGUGGGGCGAUAAACAGAAAGCCUUGCCAGAAGGUGCCACGAUAGCACCAAUCAUUCUAUCUUCAGACAAAAUGUCCUUGUCGCAGUUCCGAGGGGAUAAAUUGGCGUGGCCGGUGUAUAUGUCCAUUGGAAACAUCGCUAAAGCAAAACGGCGCCAAGCAUCAGCACGAGCGACAGUCCUGAUUGGUUACUUACCAGCAGGCAAACUGGACUGUUUCACCCCCGAUGCACGCUCCUUGGCUGGAUACAGGCUGUUCCACCAUUGCAUGGCUCUACUGCUUGAACCUCUCAUCGGUGCUGGAAACGACGGUGUUGAAAUGGUGUGUGCGGACUCGUGGGUUUGUCGUGUCUACCCAAUUCUUGCAGCAUACAUUGCCGAUUUCCCGGAACAGUGCUUGGUCAGUUGUUGCAAAGAGAACCAAUGGGAUGCACUCAACUCGGCAAUGUGCAAGAUUGGUCAGCAUCCUCCGGAAUUCGAGGCCAAUGGUUUACGUGCCGUUUACAAACCAUUUUGGGCUGAUCUCCCUCACGCGGAGAUUUUUCUAGCGUUCACGCCCGACCUUUUGCAUCAACUUCACAAGGGUGUGUUCAAAGACCACCUUGUGAAGUGGUGCAUCGAUAUCAUUGGGGAGGACAAAAUGGACUCACGUUUCAAGGCGAUCCUGAAUUAUCCCGGCCUUCGACACUUCAAGAAAGGGAUAUCGAGUGUGAAGCAGUGGACGGGACGUGAACACAAAGAGAUGCAGCAAGUAUUUGUUGGCUUAUUGAGCGGAGCAGUACCUAGUUGUGUUUUGGUAGUUGCACGAUCUAUUCUCGACUUCUCAUAUUUUGCCCAGCUUCAAGUUCAGAUGACUGAGUCCCUCGAAGCCCUACAAACCGCCCUGACUGUAUUUCACACUAACAAAGACAUCCUCAAGGAGCUCGCUGUUCGAGAGCAUUUCAACAUUCCAAAACUACACCAGCUCUCUCAUUACGUCCAGUCGAUCACGUUGUUUGGCGCAGCUGACGGCUUUAAUACUGAACUUCCAGAGCGCUUACACAUUGAUUUCGCAAAAGAUUCAUACCGUGCUAGCAACAAACGGGACUACGAAGAACAAAUGGCUUUGUGGCUCCAACGCCAAGAAGCCGUAUUUUUACGUAGCGCAUACCUGGAUUGGUUGUCCCAACAGCCUCGCUCCAAGUCACCUGUGGAUUCGGACACAGACUCGGAGUCGGAAACACCAAAUCUUCCCGCCACUGAACCACUUCAAGCAACACAUGUCCUUGCGAAAGCCCCCGCACAUCCUCACCAAUCCGUUGGAACCAUCAUAACAGCACACGGUGCUACCGAGUUCCUCCCUGCUCUCCGAUCCUUCUUGCUCAAGAAUCUCCCGCGCAACACCAUAGUCCCUGGACUUCAAGACCGAUUCGAUCUUUAUCGUCAAGUGGUGAUUGUGACGCCACCUGAUUUACGAGUUAGCGACGUGCCACAGCGAAGGCAGAUCAGGGCAACACCAGAAACGUUGCCGUCAGGCCGGAAGCCUGGUAUCCCAGCCCGGUUUGACAUGGCCUUGAUAGCAGACAGGCCUCGCUCUUCUAACUUCCAUACUCUUGAAGCGGUCAAUUUUGAUAAUCGUCUUGUUGCAGGUGUACGUGUAGCCCAAGUUCGCGCUAUUUUCACCCUACCUCGCCAGUUCGGCGCAUAUUCCAGAGCCCUCGCCUACAUCGAGUGGUUCACUCCUUUCAAACCACCAGACCCUGUUUCUCGAAUGCGACAGGUCUCGCGCUCAACACGACAACUUCGCCGCAACGCCACUGUAAUCCACGUUGACGAAAUCGUGCGGCCGUGCCACCUUAUACCGAAGAUGGGACCAACAGUAGAUCUGAGGUUGAGAAGCGGAAAUGCAUAUGAGGUGGCGAACGAUUUUUAUUUCAACGAGUUCAUUGAUGGCGAAAUGUUUUGCGCAUGUGUUAUAAGUAAUUAG